UAUGGCAGAGCAGGUGACCAUCACACCGCCGAAGGUCCUUGGCUUCAAUUCGGAUGCCGGCGCCCAGCGCCCGUGGAGCAGCCUGGUUCUGGGCUGCGCGUUGCCCACCAAGGAGAUGUCCAUAUCUGCGGACGUCGUUUUGGAAGCGGCGAAGCGGUGGCCCGUGCUCCGCCACCUGCAGAUCGUCACGGCUAACGAGGCGGCCGUCUACAGCGCCGGGGCAUUCCAGGAGCUGCGGUCUCUGUCGGCGCUGUUCUGCCCCGUAAACGGUUCGUUGCCCAAGAAGUGUCGCUACGGCGCCGUCUCGGCCGUGCUGUCCAAGUUCUCGCCAUCUGCACUCUGCCUGCGCACAUUCUCGGGCGUCAGCCUGACCGGGCUGGCGACCAGCUGCGCCCGUCUGCGCCGACUGCGGCUGGUCGACUGCGAUCUGUGCGACCUGGACCUGCGCACUGACGCGUUACCCGAACUAGAGGAGCUAGAGGUGAGCUACGUGCCGCCCAACGGUCUGCGGCGCCUGAUGGCCGCCUGUCCGAACUUGCGCUCCCUGUCGAUCCAGGACCGAGGCGCGUCAUUCUGCUUCCUGCGCGAGGCCUCGUGUCCCAAGGCGGGUCACCUGACCAAGCUCGAGCGGCUGUCGGUGAUCGCCGACCGGUCGCUGCGGGUCAUGGGACUCGAAGAGCGCGACCUGCGCAUGACCGUCGACGCCCUGCGCGCGCUCGUCAGUAUCGCCAUCGACUCGUUCGAGGCGCGCCUCUUCCUGGCAGAGUACGCGCCCCACCUGGAGCUCGCCUGGUCGACGUGCGUCGUCUGUGAGGUCAAGUUCCCGCAGUGGAACAAGGAGCACGCCGACCUGUGGUCGCAAGCGCAGAAGGACCCAGCCGACUUGGACGCCUAGCGGUCGGACGCGGA